GCACCAGCCUCUUCUUGUUUUGGCAUGAACCAUCUUCUCUUAAUUAAAAGCCACAGCGUUACACCACCGGCGAAUCCCGUCGUUCUUUGUCUUGAUCCUUUUUCCCUCUGGCAAUGGCCCCGCCUCUCCUCCUGCGGGCAUUAUCCCUGCUGUUUCUCUUGCCUCUCGUGGUUGACGGAAGUGUGCUCGGACGGAAGGCAGCAGCUGGUGGCAGAGUUGGCCGGGAAAUAGAAAGCUAUGCUGUCAUCUUCGACGCCGGCAGCACCGGCAGCCGAGUUCAUGUAUUCCGCUUUGAUGAAAACAUGGACCUGCUUUACCUCGGCGACGACAUCGAGCUCUUCGUUCAGGUAAAACCAGGUUUGAGCUCAUAUGCUGAUGAUCCCCAAAAGGCAGCCAAUUCACUUAUUCCACUUCUGGAGGAAGCUGAAGGUGUGGUUCCUGAGGAAUUGCAACCAACAACACCUGUGAGAUUGGGGGCAACAGCUGGUCUAAGGAACCUAGGAGAAGAAAAGUCUGAAGAAAUUUUGCAAGCGUUACUUGAAUUAUGGCUUAUUGGCUGCUCGAGCAGGGAUUCUGGAGGCUGCGGAUGAACCUUACAACUAUUGCAUGUUGGGUGGCUAUACUGGUUCCUAUGAGUAUAAUGGGGAGGUGUACAACGCUUCAGCAUCACCGUCAGGGUCUAGCUACUCCAAAUGUAGGACUGAAACAAUAAAAGUUUUAAAAAUAAAUGAAACAUGUGCAUAUGAGGACUGCACAUUUGGUGGCGUGUGGAGUGGUGGAGGUGGAGAUGGGCAGAAGAACCUAUAUGUGGCAUCCUUUUUCUAUGACAGAGCUGCUCAGGUUGGAUUUAUAGACUCCGAGAAGCCGAACGCUCUGGUUACACCUUCAGACUUUGAGGAAGCUACGAAGAUGGCUUGCAAAUUAAGUCUUGAGGAAGCCAAUGUCACCUAUCCUAAUGUCGCAGAGGAGGACUUGCCAUACAUAUGCAUGGAUCUUGUUUAUGAAUACACAUUGCUUGUGGAUGGUUUCGGUUUGGAGCCAUCGCAAGAGAUCAUAUUGGUUACAAAGGUGGAGUAUGGUGAUUCCUAUGUUGGGGCAGCAUGGCCACUUGGCAGUGCCAUUGAAGUUGUGUCAUCUCAAUCUACACAAUCACUUGCAAUGAAAAAUCUUCGGCGCUUAUGGCUUCAACAGUGAUUUUGUAACAAGCAUUCUGGGUUAUAAUGCUAAAAAGACUACUGAUCUACUUAAAUAUUGUAGUGAGACCAGUCCUCAUGGAUCAUGUGGACAUCUCAAUCUUAUCUCUAUUUCAUGUUCUAUUUCUUAUGUGUUGUCAAGGGACAUAUAUUUCUACCAAGAAUAAAAAGGCAUGUUAUUUCCUCCACAUUUCCCCUUUUUCCCCC